AUGCAGAGAACCAUUUCACUUGCGGCUGCUAAGUCUUCUUCUUCGACUUCAGCACUCUCUCUUCGUCCUCUCAUGGCUAAGUUGCAGUGCAGGGCGAUUCAGAAUUUCCCAGGCUCAUCUUCCUCUUCAAUAGUACGGGUGGAUAAAGUGUUUAGAAAUGUGUGCCAGCUUCAGUUUAAAAGGGAAAAUGCAAGUUGUUUUAAGUUAGCUUGCGCACUUCCUUCGCAUCUAAGGCCUCUCAGUUCUGUUAGUUAUGCAGCGCAUUGGAGAACUUCGAGUUUAAGGUCGUUUGGAAAUAGUUUCAGUCCGUUUCUGGGGAGAUGUUUUUCUCAAGUCCCGAAUACUGGAAAUAAGGAUAAGGUUGUUGGUGGUGAUGGAAAGGCUGGUGGUGUCAAAAAGUUUAAUAAGAAGUGGAAGAAGCAUAAAGUUAUGGCAUCCUCAGAAGUUGAAUUGGUGGCUUCUACUGAACCAGUUAGUGGCGUCAAGGUGGACCUAUCAAGUACAGCUUCACCUCUUAGCAAUGGUAAGCUAGCCUCUACUGUCAAACCAAGACGGCGUCCAAAGAGCAAGAAAGUCGAAGAUAAAUCUUCUUCAACUGUAUCGGCUUUGGAGGUGGCAAAAAAUCCGUCGGUGGAGGGGCCCAAUAAGAAGUCGAAGAAGCAUAAGGUCUUGGCUUCUACUGAACCAGUUACUGGAGAUGUUAGCGGUGGGAUCAAUGCGGAACUAUCAACCGAAGCUUCACCUGCUAGCAAUGGUAAGGAAGCCUCUACUGUCAAACCAAAACGGCGGCCAAAGAACAAGAAAGUCGAUGAUAAGUCUCCUUCAGCGGCACCAGUUUUGGAGGCGGUCUCUGUGGAAGAGAGUUCAAAAAGCGUUCCCAAGCCAAAACGUUCUGGUUCUGGAAAUCGGAAGUCUUCAUCUGCAAAGAAGGAGGUGGUUAAAAAUCCCGUUGUAGAGGGGUCCAAAAGCUCUGCUUCAUCGAAAUCCAAGUUGGAGCCUCAACCCAUGAAAAACAGCAUAGAGCAUCGAGGUCAAAAUGCUUCUAAACCGCUUUAUCCGCCAAGUGGAAAAUCCGUCGUUGUCGUGGAGUCGCUCACAAAAGCAAAAGUUAUUCAGGGAUAUCUCGGUGACAUGUAUGAGGUUUUGCCAAGUUAUGGUCAUAUCAGGGACCUGGCCUCAAGGUCUGGUUCAGUGAGGCCAGAUGACGAUUUUAGCAUGGUUUGGGAGGUUCCAUCUUCCGCCUGGACUCAUAUUAAGAGCAUAAAGGUGGCACUAAAUGGAGCUGAAAAUCUGAUUCUUGCGUCGGAUCCAGAUCGUGAAGGAGAGGCAAUUGCCUGGCACAUCAUUGAGAUGUUGCAGCAGCAGGGGGCCUUACAUGAGAGUAUGACAGUAGCAAGGGUUGUUUUCCAUGAGAUAACUGAGUCAGCAAUAAAAAGUGCACUUCAGUCCCCACGAGAAAUUGACGGGGACCUGGUACACGCAUAUCUUGCACGGCGUGCUCUUGAUUAUCUGAUCGGAUUUAAUAUUUCACCACUACUUUGGAGGAAACUUCCGGGUUGCCCUUCAGCUGGGAGAGUCCAGUCUGCUGCUUUGGCUCUUUUAUGUGAUAGAGAAAGUGAAAUUGACGGAUUUAAGCCUCAGGAGUACUGGACCGUCGGAAUCAAAGUGCAAGGGAAUGAUAAUUCAGCCACUUUUUCAGCUCACUUGACCAGUUUAAAUUCGAAAAAGUUAAAUCAGCUUUCUAUCAGCUCUGAAGCAAAUGCACGUGACAUUGAGCAUAAGAUCACAUCAGAAGGUUUUCUAGUGAAGGGCACUAAAAAGAGCAGUGCGCGGAGAAAGCCACCAACUCCAUAUAUAACAUCAACCCUCCAGCAAGAUGCUGCUCACAAAUUGCAUUUUUCAUCAGCAUAUACUAUGAGGCUUGCUCAAAAACUAUAUGAGGGUGUCCAACUGUCCGAUGGUAAAUCAGCUGGUCUUAUAACAUACAUGCGGACAGAUGGUUUACAUAUAGCUGAUGAAGCUCUUAAAGAUAUACAGUCCUUAGUGACAGAAAGGUAUGGGAAGAAUUUUACACCAGAGAGUCCUCGUAAAUAUUUUAAAAAGGUCAAGAACGCUCAGGAGGCCCAUGAAGCUAUUAGACCUACCAAUAUACGCAGAUUACCAUCAACAAUUGCUGGCCUGCUUGAUGCGGAUUCUCUAAAACUAUAUACCUUAAUAUGGUCACGAGCUGUAGCAUGUCAGAUGGAGCCGGCUUCCAUUGCGCAGAUACAACUUGAUAUUGGAAACGCCGCUGGAUCUAUUAUCUUCAGAUCAUCAUGCUCAAAAGUCGAAUUCCUUGGAUACCAAGCAGUUUAUGAGGAUCCUGAAGCUAAGGCAAUCAAAAACAAAGAUGAUGAUCAGAGUGGUGAGCGGGAGGCAACUUUUGAAACUCUCAGUUUAUUGAAGGAUGGGGAUCUGCUAAAUAUUGGUGAAGUGGAGCUCAAGCAGCACCAUACUCAGCACCCACCACGCUAUAACGAGGGGUCACUGAUUAAGAAGCUUGAGGAGUUCGGGAUAGGUAGACCCUCGACAUAUGCAUCCAUAUUCAAGGUUUUACAGGACAGAAAGUACGUAACAAUAAAGAGCCGUGUACUGCAUCCAGAAUUCCGUGGGAGGAUGGUUUCAGCUUUUCUUACCAACUACUUCACUGAGGUCACAGACUAUAGUUUUACUGCUGAUAUGGAGACCGAGCUCGACAACGUGUCUGGUGGUGUAACUGAAUGGAAAGGUCUCCUAAGAGACUACUGGACACGAUUUAGUGCGUAUUGUAAACGUGUUGAAAGUGUCCAAAUCACACAGGUGGAGAAAAUGUUGGAAAAAAGAUACGAAGAGUUUCUGUUUUCUUCCUUUCCUGAUCCCACUAGGACUUGCCCGAGUUGUUCGGAAGGCACCUUAAUUUUCAAAAUAAGCAAGUUUGCUUCGGGGUAUUUCAUUGGUUGUGAUCAUUACCCUGCAUGCAAGUUCAUUGCUAAAACGCUUUAUGGAGAAGAUGAAGAUGAAGAUGAUCCUCCAAAGAAUACCUGCGUGGAAGAGCCCAAAUUGCUGGGUCUUCAUCCCAAUACCAGUGAGAAGGUUAUUUUAAAGUGUGGCCCCUAUGGGUAUUAUGUACAGCUUGGUGAGGAUAGAAAAGGGCACUUACCAAAACGAGCAAAUGCAGCCCAUAUAAAGGAUGUGAGCUCUAUUACGCUUGAAGGUGCUCUCGAGUUAUUACGCUAUCCUCUGACACUGGGAACACACCCUGAAGAUGGGCAGCCUGUACUUUUGAAGCUUAGUAAAUCUGGAUUUACUGUUCGACAUCGCCGCACUAUUGCUACUGUUCCAAAGAACGUGGAACCAGGUGAGGUUACUUUAGAGAAAGCAAUGAAGCUCUUGUCUGGCAAGAAUGUGAGACAGUGUGGCAGACCUAAGAGGAUCCAGCCAACAGUAGAUACGGAAGAGGAAGAAGUUGCUGCGUAG